CCAAUCGUACCUUGAAGCCGUAUUUUGGUACUUGUUUCCGGGCCACUGUCUCACGCUCCGAUUCGUUCAUUAUCGGUUAUUUUUUUGUUUUUGGAUUAAUUGAAACCACACUGGGCAUGGACUGGGAAUUAUGAGGGUGCACUGUGGCGCAUAAAAUUACGCGUUGACACUUGACACUCGAUUGCUCCAAACUGUAUGCGAUGGGGAAUAUAAUCGCUCAUACGAUCAGCUGGCGGUGUGUACUGACCGUCCAUUCACUCUCCGACUGUACACAAUGCAUUUGUCACUCGGCGUUGUUAUUCUCAACAACGCAGACGCGAUGGCGCUACUGGAGUAGAUUUUUCAACGAGAUCGCCAAGUUGGACGUUCAACGCCGACGAUAUUAUUGUUUGAAUAGUUGUAAAUUGGAGUCCUUAAGGAACGAGACCGGUUGGUCGAGACACCCUGGGGUGGAUUCAUCAAUCUCCCAUAUCUUCACAUGCUCAAGUGUCUCGAGGUCACCUGCUCACGUGGGGGUUCACAUGAUCGAGGUGUAAAACAAAAAUACACUUUUUCCGUCUGACAUAAAGGAGACUGUCCAGGAAUCAAAGGUCGGGAGGCAAAGUUCAUAUGCAGCUGCAUUGCUCCGGGAAAACGUGAUGAACAUGGAUCUAUUGAUUAAAGUUAAUAGUCAGACUACUGGCAGGGAUAAAAUUGCCAGGUUUUUCCAGUAUGGGAGUCGAGCUGGGUGGUAUCUCCUGCAGAAUGGUGAAACUACCAGGAAUUCAGUGGAUGUGUUGAAGAGCCUGGAGUACACAUUCAGUUCGUUCAGAAAAUUGUUACGUUUUGGGAGAUGUCUGGACAGUCUUUACUCCGCCCUCUCAACGGUCAAAGAUCCAGACUUAGUUAUAAGGUUUACAGUCACAUUCUCGAGAAUAACCAAUGGAUUGUUUCUGUUGGCUGAUCAUAUGAUAUGGAUCGGUCGGGCAGGAUUAUUUCGGAUUAACCUAGAAAAGUGGACAACAAUUGCCAACAAGUAUUGGCUAUUUACUGUUGUAAUGAAUUUAGUCAGGGAUCUGUACGAAAUUAUUCAAAUGAUUGAACAGAACAGCCUGGGCCACAGCACCAAAAUAAAUUUAUCCGCCGAAAAAUUCUUGUCCAGAACUUCGAGUUGUUUCAAGAGUCAUAAGGGGAUAAUUUUGGAUACACUCAAAAAUGGAUGUGAUUUCUUCAUUCCGAUGACAGCGUUGGGGUACACUAAACUCAGUCCAGGCACUAUUGGCCUGUUGGGAUUGAUUUCAUCGGUUGUUGGUCUGUACUGUUUAGUUGACCCACUAGCUAAGCUGACCCCUGCGUGAUUGAUCAGGAUAAUUGAGUAUAAGUCGUUGAAUCGUGAAUUUGAUACUGUUCAUUUUAUUGUUUAUAUAAAAAUAAAAAAACUGUUCGACAAUUGAACUU